AAUACCGGGGCUUCUAUUAUAAAUGAUCCUAUUGUCAAUGAUCCAAAACAAGAUGUAACCAUUAUAGAGCAACUUAUAAAUUUUAAAAGAAGAAUGGAUGAAUUUGUAGAGGUUUCAUUUAAUAGCAAUUACAAUUUCGAUCAAGCUUUGAAAGAAGGCUUUGAAACGUUCAUUAAUAAACGUCAGACUAAACCUGCCGAGCUACUUGCCAAAUUCAUAGAUAAAAAGUUGAAAAUAGGCAAUAAACAAACAAGUGACAGCGAAGUUGAAAGUAUAUUAAAUGAUGCGUUAGUUUUAUUCAGAUAUAUUCAAGGGAAGGAUGUUUUUGAGGGAUUCUAUAAGCGUGAUUUUGCUAAACGUCUUUUAAUGAAUAAAUGUGCAUCUGAUGAUUAUGAAAGAAGCAUGUUGUUUAAAAUGAAAAGAGAAUGUGGACCAGGUUAUACUAGUAAUUUGGAACAAAUGUUUAAAGAUAUUCAUACUUCACGAGAAUUUAUGAAAGCCUUCUACGAUUCUAGAUACGGUGAUCAACUUCGAGAAGAAUUUAAAGUUGAUUUGCAUGUAAAUACUUUGACACAAGGAUCCUGGCCUUCAUAUAAUCCGACACCUCUUAAUAUUCCACUUGAAGUUGCUCAAUGUCAACAAAUUUACGAGACAUUUUAUAGAGAAAAGGCCAGGGGAAAAGGAUUGAAGUGGUAUAAUAAUUUAGCUUAUUGUGUAUUAUCAGCGUAUUAUCCAAGUGGAAACAAGGAAUUUGAAUGUACCUCAUUUCAAGCUGUGACUUUAUUAACGUUCAGUGAAUUACCACAAACUGAACUACGAACCUUUGAAGAAAUUCAACAAGCUACUGGAAUGGAAACAAAAGAACUUGUACGUACACUUUUAACUUUGGCGUGUGCUAAAGUGAAACUCCUUGUUAAGCAUCCAAAAGGAAAGGAUCUUAAGCCUACAGAUAAAUACUCC